CAAUGCGGAUGCGUCGCGGCUGUUUAUUGAUAAAAUCAUGAUUUUUAAUAAAUAGUGAAGAACUAAAUUAAAGCACAUAAAAUGUACGACUUGAAAGCUUGUACAGUUUGUUUUAGUACAAAUGUUAACCUUUACAACAUGGACUCUGGCACGUUACGCCAGGAAUUCAACUUGAUAUCUGGCCUGAAGACUGACUGCUCUGGUUUGCCCAAAUAUCUGUGUGUGGAGUGUUCAGCAUAUGUGAAACGAUUUGUAAAGUUUCGUAAAAAAUGCCAGCGAGCCCAUUUUACGUUGCGUGAACUCCAGCAAAGGAAUAAAGAGAUCAGCAUACAUAAACUGGAGGCUAUAGAUAGGGAAUGCUUAGACCUAAAACCUACACUAUCGUACAUAGAUAUAAAUAGGACAAAUUACGAAGAAGCAUACUCCCAAUGGACCAGAACUAGCCGACUAGGAAUAUACUACGGUGACAUAAUACCAAUCAUCCACCACAGUACAUACACCACCCAAGUUAUACAUAUGCCGAAAAAACAAGAAACGAUACAGCUAGAUGUUAAAGUGGAGGAAGAGCCGCAACCAAGUAUAGCGCACCAACAUUUAGAACAACCAAUAUCAAUUGUUAAAGAUGAUGAUGAUUACUUUGAUAAUAAUGAUAAUAUUAGUGAUCAACAUUCCGACGAAGAGCCCCUGCCCCCGCCCGCUAAAAAACCUAAAGGAAAGGCUAAGAAUUUAGAACCGGAAAGCUCAAGUCUGGAUGAAGAGUAUGCCAGUAUGGUAGCUAUAACAGACAAGGAGGCGCAGGCAGCAGUGGAUGUGUACAGGCUAUUUAGUCACGGGACGUUCAGGUGCGAGGUGUGCAAUAAGGGAUAUAAUACUCAGCAGAGGCUGACUGCUCAUUUAAGGAUGCAUGAUCAGCAUGUUAGUGGAAAUUUCCUCUGUAACUUGUGUAACUACUAUUACAAGACAGAGUAUCUUUUGAAGACUCACACGACUGAGAAGCACAUGUACAAGUAUGAGUGUAAGAAGUGUAAUGAAGUCAGUUUUGACAGAUUGUCAGCUAAGCAACACUACAUAUGGGCUCAUCUCCAGCGAGGCAGGAAGAAAGACGCCAACUGGUACGAGUCGCGGCCCAAAUGGCUGAGCCCCAAGGGCGGCAAGCGGGUUAAGGGCGUCGUCACUAUCCGACCUGUCAGGAAAAUCAACAAACUACCCCCCGACUUCCCUAUGUACUCUCCCGUGAAACACGAAGAGCAAUACGAGUUGAUAUUGGACCGCAAAACCUCCAGGAACUACUUAGAGGCCGAGUACAAAUGCGAGCUGUGUUAUAGAGGCUUCAGAGCGGUUAAUACGUACAGCAAGCACAUGAGGAAACAUGACCCGGCCUACGCGGGAGCAUACUCCUGCGAUAUGUGUAAGCUACACUUCAAAUCGCCCCGCAAAGUGUACCGGCAUAUGAACAUUACGCACCUCUUCAAAUACUCCUGUCAGAUCUGCAAGUUCGUCUGCUUCAACAAGGGUCAAGCGCAUAUGCACUAUCGUUGGCAUAAAAAUGUCACGUACCAAUGUCCGCAUUGCGAAAAAGAAUUCAAAAAAGCGUCAACUCGCUUGACUCACAUCAGGAUAAAGCACCCGUCCACUAACAUUUGCAACAUGUGUGGUCAUAGCUUCGUGAGUGAAAACGGCCUGUAUUGCCACAAACAACUGGCACAUAGUACUGAGGAGCGGGACGUAAUGAACGCAAGCAUAGCCAACCCACAAGACCCGUUAUUCUGUGCUGAUUGCAACGUACAGUUCCUCAACGAAGCGGCCUUUGCCACACAUCUGGGCAGCUCUAACAAACACGCCACCACUAAUUUGUCGAUAGUGAAGCCGAGCCGCCGCCCGGGCGGCGCGGAGGGCGCCCGGAGGCGCGGGCGGCCGCGCUCGGCCAUACUCAAGUCGGAGGUGCUCAACAAUGGAACCGUUACCUCUACCAGCUGCGAUUUGUGUGGUGAACAUAUGGCCAACGACGUGCAAGCGCGGAAGCAUUACGCGGAGCAACAUCCGGGGGCAGAGUUCCUCAAGCGGUACAUGUGUGAUGUCUGCGGACACACUACCAGGCAAUACGCGAACCUGAUGGUGCACAUGCGUACUCACACGAACGAGAAGCCGUACGAGUGCCCGCACUGCGACCGCCGCUUCAGCAUGCCGAGCAACCGCGACCGCCAUCUAGUGGUCCACACCGGCGAGAAACGCUACCAGUGCCAGCAUUGCAACCGCCGCUUCACGCAAUCCACCGCCGUCAAACUGCACAUACAGACCGUCCACCUCAAGAUCCCAUAUAAACCGUGGGAGAAGAAAAACAGGAAACGGCGCAAGGAGGAACCCAUUCUUGGACCCGUCAGCUCCGUUAAUGUCAAUACCAUGGCUCAGGCCAUGUUGCCCCAGCAUAAGCUGCUGUUAGAAACGCAAGGAGACUAUUUGAACGCUUUUAUUAGCUAUACUGACGAAUAAACACCGUAGGUAUUUUACUCCACUUAAACUUGAUUUUAACCUUUUCCGGGCCACACUAAUCUGAAAGAUUUUUCCAAAGAAUCUAAAUACGUCCCAAUUAGUUGUUUUGGUAAUUCAUUUUGCGAAAGUCCAAUUUAAUUUGAACCUUCAAUCGGAACUCUUGAGGUUGAAAUUCUAUUAACAGAUGUGGUCGAUAAAUCGUACUAUGCCUGGAAAAGGAUUAAAAUACAAACCGCGGGAGAAACUGGAAACAAUGCAAGAAGCAUAAGCUGUCAAAGAAACAGUAACGUGAGCAUAAUACGUUCACAUAACAAACUAAGUCAAAAUAAUGUCAAACUAUGACUCAUUUUAUGAGAAAGGGACUGUCGCAUAUUGUAUGAUUUACAAGCCCAGAUCUGAUGAAUUCUUCGCUAGCGAGCCAUCCACGAACCUAUUUACGGUAAAAUUGCUAACUUCUUGCAGGCUUGCGAAUGAUGUUCGUCAGUUAUGGACGCAUUUUUUGAUAAAAUAAGUAUUUUUGGGUGUGAUAAGCUAUAUUUUCACGGCAAUAUGACGCUUAGCAAAGCUGGCGUAAGUUGCCAGGCGCAAUAUUGCCAUGAAAUUGAAGCAUUGUAUGUCUGAGAUAUACGCUUUUUAAAUUGUAAAUAUUGUAUAUUAAUAAGAGUGUUUGUGUCGUUGAGAGGAAAUCAUGGUAAGUGCUGCCAGCAGCUAUGAACUAAGUCUUGUAUUCAAUUGAUUAUCAUUGCCUUAGUAAUUUUAUUCUAAAUAUACGAUAAUUAUACAGAUAAA